CUUCCUCAAAGUUGGGCGGAAAUGGUAUUCGGCUAUCUAUUCCAGUUGUCUCUGAGAAGGAAAUGUUGUCCUUCUGGGAUGUAGCCAUUGAUUUCUCUCCAGAAGAGUGGGAAUGCCUGGAGCCUGCUCAGUGGGAUCUGUACAGGAAUGUGAUGCUGGAGAAUUUCAGCCACCUUGUGUUCCUGGGUCUUGCUGUCUCUAAGCCAUUCCUGGUGACAUUUCUGGAGCAAAGACAAGGGCCUUGGGACAUGAAGAGACAAGGAAUGGCCACUGUGUACCCAGGAAUAAUACCCUAUGAUCCUAACAAUUACAGCAAACUGACUAAUUAUAAAUCACUCCUUAUUACACAAAGAAGAAUUCAUAUAGGGGAGAAACCCUACAAGUGUGGAGAAUGUGGUAAGGCCCUUAGUUCUCAUAAAACACUUUCUAUACACCAGAGACUUCACACUGGAGACAAACCUUACAAGUGUGAAGAGUGUCAUAAGGCCUUCAGUACUCACUCAUCACUUUUUAUACACAUGAAAAAUCAUACUGAUGAAAAAAUCUACAAGUGUGAAGACUGUGGCAGAACAUUUUAUUAUCUUUCAAUGCUGAAGCAGCAUCAGAGAAUCCAUUCUGGAGAGAAACCCUACAAGUGUGAAGAAUGUGGGAAAUGCUUUGGCUUUCCCUCAUUCCUUAAGCAACAUCAAAGACUUCAUUGUAGAAAAAAUGCCUACACGUAUGAAGACUGUGUGAAAAGUCUUUCCCUUCCUCUACCCCUUCAGGACAAUGAGCAAAUCCGUACUGAAGAGAAACCUUACAAGUGUGGAGAAUGCUAUAAAGCCUUUUCUUAUCACUCAGCCCUUAGGAUACACAAGACAGUUCAUACUGGAGAGAAUCCUUACAAGUGUGAAGAGUGUGGCAAAUGUUUUUCCUCAUCUUCCUACCUUAAAAGACAUGAAACUCUUCACUCUGAAGACAAACCCUACAAGUGUGAAGACUGCGGCAGAUGUUUCUGCUCAUCUUCAUCUCUUAGACGACAUCAAAAAUUCCACUCUGAAGGCAAUCCCUAUAAGUGUGAAAAAUGUGACAAAAGGUUUUCAUGCUCUGCCAGUCUUCAGGAGCAUCAGACAAUUCAUACCGGAGAGAAACCAUACACGUGUGAAAAUUGUCACAAAGCCUUUCGUUAUCGCUCAUCCUUUAGGAAACAUAAGACAGUUCAUACCAGAGCAAAAUCCUACAAGUGUGAAAAGUGUCCUAGGGCCUUUUCCUCAUCCUCAUGCCUUGUACGACAUCAAGCAAUCCACUCUGAAGACAAUCCACACAAGUGUGUGGAAUGUGGCAAAGCCUUUGUUAAUGUUUAUAGCCUGACUCGACACAUGACAGUUCAUGCUGGAGAGAAAUCCUACAAAGGUCUUAAAACACUUAUACCUCUUCAGUCCUUAAAAGACAUCAAAUAAUUCUUACCGAGUAAAACUCUUUGACUGUGUGGAGUGUGGUAAAAAUCGAUUCCUAAUCCUUCAAACUCUAUCCAACUCAAAUCAACCCAUAGGGUAGACUUUUAAGUGAAUUAGUUUGGAAUGUCAACACCACCAUCUUACUCCAAGGAGCACAAAUUUUGAGAAUGUCAUCAGAGAACUGUAGAGACUUCUCUUUACUAUAACCUCCCAACCAGUGUGUUCUAUAGUGUGCUUGAAUAUGGCAUGGGUUGUUGCAUUUCUUUCUUCUGUACUUACAGGCAUAAAGCAAAACUGUUAUUAUUUCAUAACGUGGGUCUUAGAUCUGGGCCAUUGUAUAGUUACUGUUGUUUUCCUCACUGGGGUCAACCUCCCCCAAUAAUGUUUCUCUUGAGCAUGUAAAAAGCUCGAUAAACUCAGAUGUCUCACUUUUUGUAAAAUGAUCUGCAUUGGUUCUCACCUCGGUUGAAUGGGCGUUAGUGUUUCUCUCUCCAGGAAAAUCUAACAGAACACACUGAAGUCAUAUUUAGUUUCAGAAUGAAGGAUCUUUAUUCACUUUGAUUACAGAGCAAUGUUUCUCAUUCCAACUUUCAUGUCAUAGAAACGUGACAGCGGAUUGAAAUAUGGACCCAAGACACAUGCACUUACUCAGUAGGAGGGAUGCAUUUGAUUGGUGCAUAUGUGAUGUCAGUCAUGAAAUAUAGUGUAGUUCUUAUUUUAUUAUUGAUAGAGAUCCUAAAUAGUCAUCUCAAACUUGAGUUUAUUAAUUUGGGUAUUAAAACCUAAAAGUUAACAAUUAAUUUUUAAGUGACUAAAUGUCUCUUUUAUACCUAAAAUUGUAGUUUUAGUCAUGCUAAGUACAAGUGAAAUUUAUUUAUGGAGAUAAGUUAGGGUGGAGAGGCCAAUUUAUAUCUCUCAAUCUUUAGUCUUCUGUCUCCGCUAUUGAAGUACAUCUUAAAACACAUACUUCAAUACAAGAUUAAAAUUAACUUAGUGUUUUUAAUAUAACAUAAAAUUUAAAAUCAGCUGCAAUUAUAUUUUUAAAAAUUUUGGUCUGAAAAAUAGAGUAUUGGAACUAAAGGCGUUAAAUCUACAAUAUCCUUAGACGGCAGGACAACCCCAGGCUCAAGAGUAGCACUCCUCUUGGACAGGAAAUAGACCCUAUCAGAGUAAAUUGCACACUAGCCACAUACCAUAACAUGCUAAGGAGGUAAGGAAAAAGGCUUUGCUCAAGUCUGGUGCUCUUGUCUGUUGUGCUCCAUCUGAUCUUACAGCUGGGCUCUGAUGAAUUAACUGGUUGUUAAUCUUUUUCAAAUGUUAGGUUGCCUUAAGAAAAAUGAGUCCAAGGGCCCAGUUCCUGCCCCUUCAUAAAAUUCAAGGAUUUGAAAAGAACUAAUAGACCUGGGGAAUAAGGUGACUUAGGCCAGGCCAGGUUAUCCUGACACUGUACCUCAUACUAUCCAUCUGGAGCCUCCUCAGGGAGGCUCUGAAAAAGAAAAUUGUGUUUGCUGAUUCAGGAUUUAUAUGGAUACAAAGGAUCCCUUCUAAAAACUGUCCAUUGUGCAGGGGUACAGUGAAAAACCAAACAACAACAAAAAAUCAACCAAACGAAACACAACCCUUUGUUGUAUAUCUCAUGUGAUGUGAGUGCAGCCUUUUGAUCUUUUAAAGUCUACCCCUACUCCCUUUUCUAUUAAGAUCCUUUCUGAAUGGAAGCUCAAGCUUUCUCACGAAUACCCUUAUCGGCUUAUUAAUUAGGAAAAGUUGUAACUCUCACAUGGGCUAUUUCAUUUGCCAGUUCUCAAGUCAAGAUAGAAUUCUCAUUUGAUGAAUAGUGGCUGUUCAUUUAUACCCUCAGGUGGUACCAACUUAGAAGCUUGCUGUCUGCUGGCUACCUUUCAUAUUGGUGGCACAAUCUAGGUAUGCUACCAUGGAAGUACCUGAGUAAACAGUCUUACCCAGCAGUGAACACAGGGAGUAGAAUAAAUGGUCAGGCAAAUUGAAGUGCCGGUGGAGCAAUAGGGAUAGCAAAGUUAUGGGAGUGACCAAUUAUUUUCUGGUUGAAUUUAAAGCUCAUUUCAUGGACAGUAACUAAUAACUGGUGAUGUUAAUCAAAUGAUAAAACUGAAUAUAUCUAGGUGCUAUGCCCUAGGGAGAACCUAUUCCUUUUUUUCUUAUUGGUGAAAUCAGUAACUAAAUGACUCCAAGUUCCUAUCAUUGUACCCACAGACUCAGGCACCUUCUACCACCCAACAGAAAAUUUAAUUGUGUGGUAGAUGGAGAAUA